UAAGAACCUAAUAGGAACUAAAGAUGUCUCCAUGAAUGACCUGUCUGUGAUCGACCAUCAGCACUUGUUUUGCUUUUUUCCGACCAUGUGAACUCCCUUCUCUUAGGGCAUCAUGCUGGAUCCGGAGAGCCAGUGGUCCGAGGCGUUGGCCAGCAACAACAUAAGAGCCGUCACCCGCUGGCUGCGGCGGCAGCUCGCCGCUGAAGGGGAGGCUCAUGUGAAAGAAAUCCUACUGACUUUCAACACCUGGGUACAGACGACAUCAGAGUUGGCUAAAAAGGAGCUAUUAACACUCUGUCUCAGCUGCAGCAACGGCCUGUGGAUGUUUCUGGACCGUAGCUCUUUCCACGUGGUGCACAAGCUGCUCCAGAGACUGAGCAACUUGCUCACCCUGACCCAGUGGGCUAAAAGGCAGCUUGGUUCCGCCCACAUCUGGCACGGUAUGCAUGUCCCAUGUACAGUGUGCAGGGAUGCAUUCAGAUCCUCAGACAACGGACAUGGCUGCUGGAGCCGAGAGCACGGGGCACUAAAGCAACACAUCUGGCUGGGGCGGCUGGUCCAGUGGUGGGCCAUCAUGGGUCUUCUGCCCAAGUACCCUGAUGCUCACGAGCUGAAACACAUCACACAGAUGUGGAAGGAAAUGGACCACAGCCAUCGGAAAUCAUUAGAGACACCGGGAUGGGUGGAGGGAGAGAUGGAACGAUUUGGGUCUUUGAUACAGGGUAUGGUGACGCGGCUGGACGCACAGCACGGCUGCAUUUGGACUUCUGAGGACUCCACGGAGCUGUGCUAUCCUCCUCCUACUCUGCAGGCCCUGCUUCAGCUGGUGUUGGUGCCGCAUAUCGACCACAAGUCAGUUCAAGCGAUCCUCAUGUACUUUGUCCUGGAUAUGGCGAACUUCCUGCAGUGCAAAGACGACCUCCUCCGAUCUUUUUGCCACGCUUUCACUGUUUCCUGCAACUUUUCCAAGCAAAUCAGGGCCUUCUGGAUGCUGGAUCAUGGACACGUCGAGGCCUCCAUGGAGUUGUUGCUGAGCCCCGGGGCUGAUGUGCCCAGUCUCUCUUGGCAGCAUCGUUGCAUCAUCCGCUGUUUGCUAACAAGGAAGCAGCCUCAGUUGGCGCUGAAGUACCUCCACUGGACCGGACCGCCGUUAGAGAGCGUCGAGGACGCCAAGCUCUGCACACAUGUGCUGCUUCAGAACAGUUGCGUAUCUGAAGCCUGGGCUCUGCUGAAGAGAUGCAACGCGCAAAGUGACAACAUGGUCAUGUUCUUCCUCCAGGCUUGUAAUGGGUUUGGUCUGUGUGCAGAGGCUUUAAAGGUCAUCCCUGCGGGAUAUAAUGAACAGGAUGAAUGGGACAUUGAAAAUGGAACUAAACGUUCACAAUUGGCACUUAUGAAGAAAGGUAGGGCAGAUUAAACGAAUAACCUUUUGAAUGUUGUCAGAUCAAAUGAAAAUGCAUCAUAUUUAACAGGUGAGAUUUAAGUUACAGAUCUGUCAGCAGGAACAUCGCCUUGCCCACUGUCUGCCAAACUGUAUCAGGCCCACAGAGUCACGACAGUGUCCCCAGAGGAACUCGUUCAAAUGGUCAGAAAGGCUGUGAUAGGAGUGAGGCUGCCACCCUCUAAAACAAGGGAGGUGGUGUGGCCAGAUCACAGUGUGAGAAGAUCCAACAGCAGAGAGACCUUUCUGUCGACUCCGGUUCUCCGUCAUCUCACAAAGGAAGAAACAGAGCGAGCACCACGUGCUGAUGAACCGAGAGAGCGAAAGCCUGUCCACAAUCAGCAGCCUGAGUCACCGGAGCGCAUUUCGUCUCCUGGAGACCUGACCUCAUCCUCCUGCUCGCCUCGGUCGGGACGGCACCGCCCUCACGUCUACCAACGUACCCUGACUCUGCAGAGGAUCUCCUCUUUCCUCACCGAGGGAGAGAACCAGAGUGGGGAAGAGGAGGAAGAGGAGGAGGAGGAUGAUGAAGAAGAGAGCAGAGCCCCUUCAUCAGUGGACACCUUGUCAGAUUGCACCGAGCAGACAAUGCCACUAGGUGGCGCCACAAACCCUGUUUUAUUUGAGCUGGUGCUUCCUGCAGAGGAGAAAAUGGCCCGCUGUAAAGGAGAAGAAAUCAUUGUCAGCCCCCCAGACGUCACCGAUCUGAGGAGCGCCGGGUCGUCACUCAACCGAGGGGAGCAAUCAGACUGCAUUCCCUCACAUGGUUUCCGUCUUAGUUUCAGUCAAGGCCCCUCCGGUGCCACGUCCGAAACCCCGCGGGACCCGCCGGCCGGACCUCAUCCGAGCCCUCUGGCUCAGGAUCCUGGUGCCAGGACCUCAAAGGCCUCCGCGGGGACCGGUCAGCGGGACGUAUCCCUUCUCUCCACAGUGUGCAGCUCUGUUACGCCCACUCGGACCCUUAACCUGACCUGCGGCGUCGCGACCACCUCUGCUCCUUCUGGCACCGCCUGCGAAACCCCCCCGAAGGCCCAAUUAAGGAUGGAUGAACCCUGUGCCGGGCACACGGCGACCCGGCUCUGUCAUGGCAGAGUGGGCAGAUGGCGGAAACAAGACCUUGAAACCUGCAGAGCUUCUUCAGGCCUUCCCCCUGCGGCAGGAACCUCCAUCGCAUCAGAUAAUAAGAGGCCGUCUCUUGUAACAGGCCAACCGUAUUCCUGCAGUCUGGUCAACUUUGGGGACUUCAGCGUGAAGCAAAACGGAGACAGCAGAGAGGGCACAAAGGCAGACAAAGAGGAGCCUGCAGGUUGCCACGGUGCCGUAAGAAGUGGAAGAAAAGGAAAACGAGGAAAGAGAGCCUGAUAUUUUAGCACAUCUGGGCAGUGGAGAACGGAACUGUACUCUAUUCCCUAAAAAUGAUGGAUGAUUCAGAAAUAUAUUAUUUGAGUCCAAAUCUGAAAUUGAUAUAUUCAUGUCUAGCGUUAUUUUAGGGAAUAACUCACGCCUGUAUACAAUUUACUGACCGCUUAUACUUCCCCCUUGAAGUCAUCCAUCUCCCCUUCCUCAUGGAUCAACUGGUCAGAUUAUUCGGCUUCCUCUAUCAGAAAUCUCUGCUACUCGGGGAUAUCGUCCUGCCACACCCUUUUUCUUCCACUGUCAUACCAUGUGUGAGAAAAACUCAAUAAUUAAUUCCUCAGGAAUUAUUGAUAAAACCUAAAUUAUUAAAACAUAUAUCUAAUUAAACCCCUGGUAAAAUA